AUGCGUCGCCUUAAGCUAAGUAUUAGAACUCAGCUAAUACUGCUAGUGUGUAUGGUGGCCAUAUUAUCGCUGGUCAUAUUGGCUUGUAUCACCGGUGUGUAUUUCACCUCGAAUCUUACCAGUGCAAGAAGUGAAAGAUUGGAAGUCAUUUCUGAGCUUAAGGUAUCAGAGCUGUUACAAAGUUUCACUAAUUUGUACUACCAGGCCUUUUGGCUCUCAACAAGGGAUACAUUGGAGGACUCGUUGAUAUCUUCGAAAGUGGGUAACUCGUCUGCUGACACGUCCACAGCAGCUUCGGCUACGAUACAAAGUUUUCUCAAUUCAAAUGAAGAUUUCUUACAGUGCAAGCUUUAUUCCGUCAAUUUUGACACACUUUCAUUUGUUGAAACCUCAAGGGACCUAGCAGGUAAUAUCACGUCAAUGACACCAUCUCUUUUCCCGUUGGAUGAACCUACUCCGGCUGUGUUGCAGGUUUUGGGGAGUUACGGUGGGUACCUUGCAGGCCCUUCUAAUAACGGCUCGGCAUUUUUCGUCUCCUUGACGUUACCAAUAUACAUAAAUUCCUCCAUUAUCAUCGACUCACCAGAGCUUUCUGGGUACUUGACUGUCAUGUCACUGGCUAAUAGUUUGAUGUCUGCCACAAGUUAUUCUACGGUGCUGGACGCCGCUGACAUUUCUUUCACACAAUUAAUACUAAAUCCACAGAAUGCAAGCAUCAUACUUGGAUUUAAAUAUGUGUUUCCACCAUAUGGGCAUGACAUAGAUUCUGUCGACGUUCUAUAUCCUCUUGAUGAUUAUGCACCAGUUUAUCAGCUUAACCAACGUCAAUAUACUGCUGAUGGCACGUUAAUUUCAACAAACAACCUGGGUUCCUCAUCCAAGAUUAAGAAUCCAUUUGGUGAAUCUGUGGCUGUGGGAUACUCUAAAGCCGAUCUUUAUUUUGCAAAUUGGACUGUUAUUGUGGAACAGUCACGAUCUUCAUUCAUGGCGCCAAUCGUAAAGUUUAGAAACAUCAUUAUAGGAGUGUCUAUUGGAAUGGCUGCUUUCUUCUGUCUUAUAACGUUUCCAUUGGCUCAUUGGGGAGUACGCCCAAUAUUGCGAUUACAGAAAGCUUCAGAGGCGAUCACCAGAGGCUGGGGGCUACGUACCGGGAAGGAUAAGAGGCAAACGCCUGACAGGUAUACGCCUUAUGCAUCAAUGACACCUGUUUCCAAUUCUUUCCCUAACGACACUGAUCCUAACUCUAGAUCUUCCACAACCUCAAAAGAACACAGUUUUUUCAUUCCAGAAAGGAUCCCAGAAAAGAAUAGAUUUUUCAAAGAUGAGCUUUCUGAGUUGACAAACGCAUUUAAUACCAUGACUGAAGAGCUCUACAUGCAAUAUACUCAUCUUGAAGAUAGGGUCAAAGCUAGGACUAAAGAAUUAGAAGUGGCAAAGAUUGCCGCGGAAGCAGCUAAUGAGGCGAAGACAGUAUUCAUUGCAAAUAUCUCACAUGAGCUACGAACUCCUCUUAAUGGUAUCUUAGGAAUGACUACGAUAGCAACAGAAUACACAGAUAUAGGCAUGAUCAAGGAUUCUUUGAAAGUUAUUUACAGAAGUGGAGAGUUACUGCUUCAUAUUCUUACUGAACUGCUGACAUUUUCCAAGAAUACACUAAACCGAUCCAAAUUAAAUAAGAAAAACUUUCAGAUCAUGGAUGUGGCAUUGCAGAUAAAAUCCAUUUUUGGCAAAAUAUCAAAAGAUCAACACGUUAACUUGAUUAUCUUCGUCAAACCCAACCUUUUGAGAAAUAUGAUACUUUAUGGAGAUGCCAACAGAAUUAUCCAAGUAGUUAUGAACCUGGUUGGCAAUGCUCUGAAGUUCACGCCUGAAGAUGGUACAGUUUCCCUACAAAUAAAGGUCGUGGGUGAGUAUGACCGUGAGCGCUCCAAGAGGCAUGAUUAUGGCUACGUUUUUGUAAAGAAUCCGCAUCAUAAGUGUGCACCUUCAAUUUCUACAGGGAGCCAUGUUAAAUCAGACAGCAAAGAUCAAAGCAUAUCUCACCUCAAAGUUGAUGAAGAAUCUCCUUCUACCCCCAAUACACCGAAUACGCCAACAUCUGUGAUGCUUAAUACGAAAAGAAGACUUUUGCAAGUCACAGGACGGAACAAACCCAAUGACACAAAUUUACAGGAUCUACACAGUGAUUUAAAUCCUGAAAUCACUUUCCAUAAUGAGAAAGAAGAAUUUUCAGAUUGUGGAGAUUCUAUCACUUUACAUACUUUAGACAGCUCAGACUAUGUUAAAGUUGUAUCAGGCUUUCAAAAGGAGGGUCACGGUGAACAAUUAUCGAAUGACUAUUCUUCAGAUACUAAUGUGGAAGCAACAGGAACUGAGCUUAACUCAAAGGAUGAUGACAAUACCGACGAUUCUAUUUUUGAUAAGGGUGGUAGCCGAAGGUUGGAUGCUCCAAGAGAAUGGACAAUUGAAAUCACCGUGCAAGACACCGGAACUGGAAUCAGUGAAGAACUGCAAGAAAGAGUCUUUGAGCCAUUUGUUCAAGGAGACCAAACUCUUUCUAGAUCGCAUGGUGGUACCGGUUUGGGAUUGUCGAUCUGUAAACAACUGGCGAAAAUGAUGAAAGGUACCCUGACUCUGCAAAGUAAGUUAGGAGAAGGUAGUAAGUUCACUUUUAGGUUUCCGAUUACUCAAACUGGUGAGGUUUUCAAUGAGGGAGAAGAUCAAACUUUCAAUGACGAAUUCAAUGAAGACAGCAAAGUGAACAGAAGGGUGAGCUUUAUGGAGCCAAAAUUUGAAGCAGAUGAAGAAGUCGAAGAUGAGGAUGCAGAUGAGGAUGAUGUAUUUGAAUUAUCAGGGGAGAACAUCUGUAAUAGUACUGUAACUGCGGACACCGAAUUAACUAAUAAGAACAACAAAGACCUUAAUAAUCACAAUAAUGGACAAUUACCUGACAACAUUAAAGAGGAGGAUGAAUUUGAAGAAAUAGACGGAGACGCUGCAAAAGUUGAAGCCAAAUCGAUGGAUGGAAAUAGCCCCUCCAAUUCGUCACCAAAACUCCUGAAUAUUUCAUCGAAAAGCAUCAAACAGAAUAGAGCCAAUGCGGAGAGUUUGACCUUGAAACUUGAUGGAACCUCAGAGAAGAAAACACCUGCCUCAGCAGAGAAAACCAAAGAUAGGCCUAGCUUGUCAGCAAUGCCUUCUUCAGGAACACUUUCCUCACUAGGUACCAGCAAUUCGGGAAACGUUUCAAUUGAUACCAAUUUGAGGAUUCUGGUAGCAGAAGAUAACCAAGUGAACCAAGAAGUCAUUCGAAGAAUGCUGAAUUUGGAUGGUCUGAAGGAUGUGACCAUAGUGAGCAAUGGUCAGGAGGCUAUUAACACUAUCACCGAUAUAACUAGCAAGGGAGGUUACUUUGAUAUUGUCUUCAUGGAUGUACAGAUGCCAAUUUUGGACGGGUUGAAAGCCACCCAGCAUAUAAGGAAGGAGUUACACUACACACACCCAAUAGUUGCUCUUACUGCCUAUGUAGACGAGUCAAAUGUCGCCGAAUGCCUCGACUCUGGAAUGACUGGUUUCUUGGCUAAACCCGUUAGAAAAGUACAACUAAGAAGGCUAAUUGCAGACAUUUGCUCUGCUUAA